AUGGAUGUUUUAUCGGAACGCCUAUCAACAGCUCCGUCGGAUGAGGCGAGCUCUUUGCUGUUGAAUAUAAUCAGUGCACUUACUACUUUCACCAACAAAUACAUCAUGGGAGUGGUCAUGAUUUUAGGCAUAUUCGGGAACAUUUUAUCGAUUGUCAUCUUCGGGAGAUGCAAGAGGCGAGAUUUGGUGACCGUGACCUAUUUGACCCCGCUGGCCUACGCUGACCUCAUCACACUUAUCUACGGGGCCUUCUCGUGGAUUUCCACGGGAAUUUACGAGAAACCUGUUGCGUAUUUCUACGUCGAGGCCCAACCAUCAUUUGCUCCUAUGCUGCUCUGCAAAUUUAUCCGUUACAUAUACCGAACCUUUUCGAGUAUUUCUUCAUAUAUUCUCGUACUGUUUUCCUGUGAGAGGUGUAUUGGGAUUCUGCUGCCUUUGAAUGUUCGCUUUCUCAUUUCAACAAGACGGCGCCUAGCCGCAAUCGCCCUGACAUGUAUCUUACUGGUGGUGUUGAACUGUCCAGUGAUCAUUUACAACACGCUCUACUACGUAGGUGAUACAAGCAAUAUCAUCUGUUACUUCUCUCUCCCGAAUCUUUCGAAUGUUGAGAUGUUCUUCUUCAUCCAAUCCAUGGACAGCCUGCUCCCCCACGCCCUCCCCUGCUGCCUUAUCCUCUUGUUCAGCAUCAUCAUCAUCCUGGGACUCCGCCGGGCGGAUAGAGAGACAGCAGCAGUCACGGGAGGGAGGACGAAGCGUGACAACUCAAACCUGGUCAGUCUGUUGCUCGUGUGUUUGCUGUACAUUGUCAGCACUGCACCGUACGUGUUUGCCUGGGGCUACUUUGACUACUACGAUGUGUAUCUGAGAGAUUUCACCGGUCACACGAAACAAGAAGUCACCGCUGUCUACAAGCUUGGCAUGUUCUCCACCUCUAUCUCGAUGAUGAACUACAGCUUCAACUUCCUCAUCUACUCGUUCACUCUCAAAAUUUACAAAGAGGAACUUCAGAAAAUGGCUGAUGUGUGUCUCGGGAGGAGACAGGUCUCCUCGGGAACAUCCAGGAAGACUAAAUGUGUAGAAGAGAAGAGCGAGAACACGAAUCGUUGA